GUGGGCGUGGACUAUUGGACAGCCACGAACCUGGCCGUCCUAGAGAACGUCAGCACCAGUGAAGGCUGCCUCCAGAGGUGCACCGACGAGGCGCGCUGUGGCGCCUGGACCUGGGGCGAGCCGGACGGCACGCCCGAGGCGUGGCAGCUGCAGCGGGUGUGCUUCCUGAAGCCCACUGGCCUGAG